CCGAUCUCCGGUUUUUCGACUGCACCAAAAGCCGCCCAAAUAAACAACUGAAAGGGAUAACCUCCCUUUCUACGAUCAUCUGCUUUUUGCUUCCUACCUCUGCCGCUGGACUUGGAAAGUGGGUGCGAGACCUCUACUCUAGAGCGCAUUUCUUGCGUUCGUCUCUGGAUGCCCAUGGCACAUGCAGGUUAUGUCGGCCAGGAUGAGCUGCCAAGGCAUCCUUUACACUGCGAAAAUCCCCAUGCCGCGUCAGACUGUUCGCCUUCUCCCGUUAGCUCAUCAGCUCAGUCUCCGGUCAACGUUGGCGCCGUCCGACCCAGUUCCGCAUCCCUAUCGGACAGCAACGAGACAGAUUCCAGCAAGGUCCCGUCUUCUGGUCCACAGAGGUCAAAGUCCAUUAGCGGCGUAGGUGCCAAAUGGGAAAGAGAGAAGCGGAAGCGUUCACGUGUCACUCCUGAACAACUUAUCCAUUUGGAGCGCUUCUUUUCAAUGGACAGAAGUCCCACCGCAGCGAGGAGAAAAGAAAUCAGUGAUUUAUUAGGCAUGCAGGAACGACAAACACAAAUAUGGUUUCAAAACAGACGUGCAAAGGCCAAGCUGCAAGAUGGCAAGAAGGGUCGAGGGGACGGCGCUGAAACCCCACCUGACACCCCCCCAGAAUUGGCGACCGGAUAUGAAGCAGAGCUACACAGCCUUAUACAUGAAGACGAACCGGUGACCAUCAUUCCGUGCAAUGAUUUGUCUAUAGGGACGUGGCGUCGUAUUGCAACCGCCGUAGGGAAGCACGAUCUCGUGGCUUACCUGUGUGACACCAAGCGCUGCUUGACGUGGUUCAUCCACUCAGCGGGCUAUGGGUUUAAGAUGGAAAUCCCUUUCGACAUUAUUGUCGAUACAGAAUUUACAAAUGCAGCGCCAGGGUCAGGGCUGGCUUCAUUUAUCCUUUCACAACCGCCGACUUUUUACCUCGAGUCCUUCUCAACUCCCGGGCCUACUCAGGUACUGGGGCAAAUUCGGCAAUGGAAAAAAUGUGCGGAUUGGACAGAAGGACAACAAGCCACAAAGAUUCUGCGUCACGACUUGAUAGGUUCAGCGGUACAACUUGCACACCUUCUACGCCAUCUGAACGCCCAUGCUUCUGGGUCGGACAUUCGUCUUCAUUCGCCAUCCUAUUACUCUCAGGAGCCACCACCACCUCUCAUGGAGGUCCCCCAACCUCCCAUGGCAAAUUUAACAGGGCCUGCAUACCCGUAUGGUGGAGAUGUCAGUGACUCUAGAAGGGUAGAAGGUCCUGUCCACAUACGAAGAAGAUCUUUUUCCGGUGGUACCAUGCGAUUGAGUCAUUUGCAUCGGCCCAGUCAUCAGUCUCUCGCUGUGGACUUGCCUGUCAACACAACCCCAGGGCCACAUUCAGCCCCGUAUGCUUCAUCGACCUUCUCACCAUAUUCCAACCGUAAUCACCCAUCCAUCCACUUAUCGUCUCAUUCACCGAUGUUCUCGGAAUACGCGAACUCCGUGUCAUCGCAUAGUACAUCGCAACAAUCCCAAUCUCCCGUCGACUACGGUCCAGCAGAUACCCAUAGCGUCUCCCAGCGUUCCUAUUCAUCCGCCUCAGUUCAUCAACUAUAUGAUGGUACUAUGUCGAUGGCUUCUCCAUAUUCUAGCAAUGGACCAACCCCUAGUUCCUCUGCCCAGACUCCAUUCGUUUCCCCUUCACCACCAUUAUUAACAACUCCAUUUUAUCCUUCCACAAAUGAUUACAGCACACGGGGCUGAGCCUCACUAACUCACAAUACCUGGUAUAACAUAUGAAUCCGACGAGGAAUUCCUUGAUCAAAAAUUGUAACACCCUGGACCCUUGCGCUGCUUCGCAUGGGUUGCCCAAUAAUUUUUCGCCUUUGUUCUCGGUACAUACUUCAUUCGCCUUUGCAUCGCAAGUUGAUCUUUCACAUUCUAAUACCCUACACUGCUUCCACAUUUUUCGGUACGGGGUCCGUCAUUCCACGCUCCAUGGGAAGCAUAUCUUCCGCACUGAACGCUGGUAUA